AUGUCACAAACCCAGAUAAAAUCCUUAACUCCACAAGACGAGGCAGUGAAAGCUCUCCGAUUGUUUGAAGAAGCGAUGGAGAGCUUGAAAAGUGCGUUCUGUUUGUAUGAAGAGUUUACAGAUUAUGGAGACCCAUAUGAUAAUCAUGUACAGUCUCGCAGACGGGAGUUGCAGCGAACUUUUCAGAGUAAGUAGAAUAUGCUGAAUUAGCAGCGUUCUUAUAAUGACACUUUUGUGGUUGUAUGGCUUCCCCCACCUAUGGGGAAGGAAGUGCGUUUUUUUUUUACCAAGGAAUCAUUUUUGUUUUCUUAUAAUAAUUUAUUUAUUGAAAAUUUUCACUAAGAUUGUUGUAACUUUUUAAUCACAACAGUAACGAAGAUUGGCAUAGAAGCCUUGAAAGAGAUGAUAGAAGUUGAUAAAAUAUUUAAAGUGCCUGAUGAGGAGAGCGAUGACUGA